AGAAAGAGUUGUGUAGUGCAAGCGUCGUGUGCGCGCAGGAGCCCCGAGCGCGGCGUGCGUCGCGCGGCGUCGGCGGACGCGUCGGCGCGCGACCUGCCACCUGAGCUGGCCGGCGUGUCGGUGAAGGAGCUGGUGAAGGCGAUCGGCGAGAGCCGCGCCAACGGCAACGGCGUCACGCCGCCCGGCACCCCGCGCCGCGCCUCGCGCUCCUCCAGCCCCCGCCUCAGCCGCUCCUCCAGCCCCGUCGCCGUGCCAGAUAAAGCUUGUUUGGAAAACAUCAAAGGCGCGGGCGGCGGCGACUUCUCGGGCCCGUCGUCGCAGCGGCGCGGGUCGACGCAGAGCGACACGAGCGCGCUGGUGUCGUCGCUGACGCGCGACCUCUCGCAGUCGCCCUCCGGCGCCACCACCUCGGCCGCCACGCGCGAGCUGUCGCCCUCAGCGUCGUGCAGCUCGCUCGCCAGCCCCAACAGCGCGCCCGGCACGCCCAGGCGGCACGACCAGGCCUGCACGCAGACGUCCCCCGAGAGCGGCGCUCUCACCACCACCACCACCACCACGGCCGCCGUCGCCGCCGCCGCCGCCGCCACCGCCCCGGUGCGCGGGCACUUCAGCAUCGGCGCGUCGGGCGUGCGCGGCGAGGAGUCGGCGCGGCUGUCGCCCAAGCCCGCGCGCAAGGAGCGGGCGGCGGGCGGCGCGGGCAAGGCGCGCUCCAGCAAGCGCGCCAUCAUAGGCUUCAUCUCAUCAAGGCAAAGUAGACCUUUUCUCUUGGUCAUGACGGUAUCCGUGGCAUAUUGGUUCCAUAUCCCAGACGUGAAUGCCUGCAGCUUGAAUGCAAUGCUGGGUAGUCAAGGAGGAACGCGUGCACGGCAGAGGCACUCGGUGGAGGUGAGCACGGCCGGCACCUACCUGCACAUCCAGCCCAGCACCCUGGAGACGCUGACGCGGUCGGCGGCCAACGCCAACGCCAACCGCAACCGCAAGAAGCAGCAGCAGCAGCAGCAGCAGGCGGCCGCGCCGGGCGAGGACGCGCCCGUCAACGGCGCCGCCAAACUGCAGUGGAUGGGCCAGUUGUUGAGGGCGCCCGUGCGGUUGCAGGCGCUGCCCGAGGCCGCCUUCCACACGGUGGCUGUGCUGCCGCCCGCCCUGCGCGCGCUCGUCUGCCUCUGGGAGGAGCUCAGCGCCAGCUGCCUGCAGGCCAUCGAGCGACAGGAAACCGCCUUGCCUCGCCUCCGGGCGACCUAG